GGGCUUGUCUGUUAUUUAUUUUUCUCAACAACAGCUUGUGGUUAUGAGUUUCUGAAAGAAACCACAGACAGGAGGUGUCCUCAGACAUUAGCAGAAAGACACAUGAUACCAAUGAGAGAUAACUAUGACGUUUCAUCUGGAUCAUUUCCUUAAGGUGGCAUCUGCCAGGCGUCUGCCAUGGCAAACUCGCUAUUUUUCACUUUUCCAUACAUUAUCCCCUGGGUGGAGGGUGGCGGAUGGGAAAGGAGUUAAGCUCCUUUCUAGGGCUCUGGGGUUACUCAUGCUUUUUGGAAUUCUAAGGAAAAAAUUGACUCUUCUCCCCUCUCUUCUGUUGGUUUGGUGCUGGGGAUGGAAUCCAGGGCCUCCUGCAUGCUAGGCCAGCGCUCUACCUCGAGCGACACCCCCAGCCUUUCACACACAUUUUAAAGUCCAGGAGCCCGCGGCUGAAGGUGUCAGGCCUCCUUCCUAGAUCUUGGCUCAGACCAGAGUUGAGGCUCCUCCAGCGCUACCACCCGGGGCUGAGGGCCAGUGGACGCCCCGAGUGCGUUGGGCAGGUGGCAACUCCCAGUUGGCGUCGGGGCUGGAGGUGCGGGAGGAGGAGGAGGCGAUCGGGUCCUGGAGCUGACCUCUCGGCCAAGCCACAACCUCAAGGCAUGGGUUUGAGCAGCUUCUGGAGUCCUGGGUCCAUUUCACAGACGCCAAGCCGGCCUCUGGGAGGCGUGGCGGCUCUUGGUGGCGGCUCCGGGUUCGGGGUGGGGAGGCGGAGGCACCCGCCCUCUCUGCCUGGGCUCACCUGGGGCUGGCCUGGGGCCCGCGGGCAGGGCCGGCCGGCUGCCACCUUCUUAAAACCCGGGCAGCCCCAGAGCGAGCACCCUGUGGAUCUGCAGCUCAGCUCGGGUGGCAGCGCUCGGGCUCGACCCUGAACCCACGACCGCAGGGAAUAAAGGCUCCGUGACCUCCACUUCUGCCCUGGAGCCCACCUGCCUCUCGUAGCCCCCACAGCCUGACUUGUGUCUCCCCCAGGAUGGACACAUGGAUGGUGCUGCUGGUCCUGCAAGCCUCGCUGCUGCUCCCUCUGGCUGACUGUACUGCCCCCACCCCCACCCUGCGCUUUGUGGCUGUGGGUGACUGGGGAGGAGUCCCCAAUGCCCCGUUCCACACAGCCCGGGAGAUGGCCAACGCUAAGGAGAUUGCCAGAACUGUGCAGACCAUGGGUGCAGACUUGAUCUUGUCCCUGGGGGACAACUUCUACUUCAAUGGCGUGCAUGAUGUCAAUGACAAGAGGUUCCAGGAGACCUUUGAGGAUGUGUUCUCUGACCGCUCCCUGCGUAAUGUGCCCUGGUAUGUGCUGGCGGGGAACCAUGACCACCUGGGCAACGUCUCGGCACAGAUUGCCUACUCCAAGGUCUCCAAGCGCUGGAACUUCCCCAGCCCCUUCUACCGCCUGCACUUCAAGAUCCCACGGACCAACACGUCUGUGGCCAUCUUCAUGCUGGACACUGUGACGCUGUGUGGCAACUCGAAUGAUUUCCUCAGCCAGCAGCCCGAGAGGCCCAAAGACCUGACGCUGGCCCGAGCCCAGAUGUCCUGGCUCAAGAAGCAGCUGGCGGCAGCCAAAGAGGACUACGUGCUGGUGGCCGGCCACUAUCCUGUGUGGUCGAUUGCUGAGCAUGGACCCACCCGCUGCCUGGUCAAGCACCUGCAGCCACUGCUGGUCAAAUAUGGGGUCACUGCCUACCUGUGCGGCCAUGACCACAACCUGCAGUACCUUCAAGAUGAGAACGGAGUGGGCUACGUGCUGAGUGGGGCAGGCAACUUCAUGGACCCUUCGGUGCGGCACCAGCGCAAAGUCCCCAACGGCUACCUGCGCUUCCACUAUGGGUCCGAGGACUCAUUGGGUGGCUUUGCCUAUGUGGAGAUAAGCCCUAAGGAGAUGACCAUCACAUACAUCGAAGCCUCGGGAAAAUCCCUCUUCAAGACCAGCCUGCCCAAGCGAGCCAAACCCUGAACACCCAGGAGGACCCUGCCUGCCCACUUGGAGGCCGGAGGCAGUGGGGCUUCUGCAAGGGUGGUGCGUGGCCCUGUGGAGACCCCAGCCACAGGUAGGUUGUCUCUCAGGCCCCUGGUGCACUGGCAGAGCAGGAAAGAGAGCCACAGCACCACAUGGCCGUGGUGGCACAGAUGCCCACACAUGUGAAAGAAGCAUGGACAUGUGUUCCGGCCGGCAUGUCACUCCCCACGGCCAGACUCACCUAGGCUGAGUUUUGGGGAGCCGGGAGGAAGAGAGGGAAAAACUUGUUCCUGAAGCAAUCAUGUUUCUGUUACUGCCAUUUAAUAAAAGCAUAACUGUCAAGGCUUCA